AUGAAUAUUAACGGUGCCGGCGUACAAGUUCAAGCUGUAAACCCUACGCGACACGAGAAGGCAAAGUCUGCGGGCGAUCUUCCAAUUCCCUUCACAGAAACAGAUGACUUGGACGCCAGAGAUGAACUAAGAGAACGGGAGCUAGAAGAAGCUCGAGCAAGAGCUAGCCAAAUGGAAAAGACAAUGAGAUGGUGGUCGGAUUGCACCGCAAACUGGCGAGAAAAAUGGGGUAAAGUUCGCGCCGAGAGAAAUAAAGCAAGGGAGGAAAAUCGACAACUCAAACUCAAGCUUGAAGCCGCUGCCAAAGAAAUCUCAAAUUUGAAACGAGAGAGGCUGGCAGCUCAAGAAACUCAGACGAAACUUCAGAAAGAAGUUGAAAAGCUGGAAAGGGAACUGAAAAAGGACAGACGAUUGAUUCCUUCGGCUCGAGUCGAACCUUCACUCAAAGAAGAAUCGUCAGAUUUUGUUGACAGAAGUGAGCAGACUAAGAAUUCUAGCGUUUAUGAAGCUACGGUGCCCAAAUUAGGGGCAGAGAAACAAUUUAUUGAACAAAUACUACAAAAGAGUGAGCUUUAUGAAAGUAAAGUGGACGAUACAGGCUUUGAUCGUGAAAGAAGUUUUUCUGUUCCAGCAGAAGAACGCAAAAGGAGCCGACAAAGUGCUAGAAAACAAAAAUCAUACGACGAAAACUUGAACGUGGAGAGCUCUCAACAAUUUACAGUUAUGCGAAUGAAACUGGAACAAACGGAGAAACUGUUGUCAGCGGAAAGAAGGUGAGGAAUCCGGUGCUCACAUUUUUAAACACUCAAUAAAAAAUAUUGUAACAGGAAAUCAUAAAUUCAGACACCCUUUCCUGUAAUUUGCAUAUAUCUUUGUACAUGCAAAGUAAUUUGCUGAACGUACAAAAUACCCGGUAUAUACCUCUUACAUUAUCACCAUUCACAGGACUUGGUUUUCUGAAAACAGGCAUAGUUUACUAGAAGAAACAAAUAUAUUCAGUUUUCAAAAGGACUUAAACAAGCAUUUUUGCUUGAAUCUGUUUGUUGAUUAACUGAAAGAUGACUGAAAUUCCAAGAAUUUUUUACUCCCAUAUGGAAUGCCUGAAAAUUUCUUGGUUUGAAGAUAAGCAAGCAGGGUGUCAUUUUGUCAUUAAAAUUGACCAAGAGGUUAUUUUGUAACUUUAGCCAUAAAUCUGUCAUCUAGUAGUGUAAAUUUAUGUAUGUGAUUAUUUUUUGUGUUCACUCUCUCCAUAAUGACAAUUAAGUCAGGUUGGUGGGCAAGUGUUUAACCUUUUCUGCAAUCUUUUUCACACGAACCGCCCUUAAAGACCCUGUGUGGUGCCUGCAAGGGUCUUUGUAAGGCACAUGCAUGUGGCACCCUUUAGUUUUGUUGAAUUAAUCAUGUAAACAGUUCUUUUGAGGGGCAAAAAAUCUUCUUUUGCUUUAAUAGCUGUUGGGAAUGAUUCCAUGACACGGAUCCAAAUACAUGUUGAAAAAACAUGCAAUCUUGACUUGAUGAUCAUUGAAAAAUUUGCCCUCAUAACCAAAUGCGCCUCGCAUUAUUUACCAGCAGUUUAUUUUAAGUUAGCUCCUGCAGUGGUUUUGAGCGUGCACUGUGUUUGAAUUUCAAUGCCUUUCAUGUUUUUUUUCUCAGUACAAAGCAGAAUCUUUUGUCAGAGUUGGAUGGCAUCCAGUCUGAUUUCACUGCUUUGAAGCUGAAAAAUGAGGAGCUUAAGGUUUCAUAUCAAGAUGCUUCUCAAGAGGUUUGUCAGAUGUAAUUUCUAUCCAGAAAUCUGUGCCCAUAGCUUGUAGUCCUUAUAGUCUGAUCUAACCUGUGGUCAUAUCCUCUCUAUAUCUCUUUUUGGGACCGAGGACGGUGAUGGCAGCAAAAACAUCUUGUAAAAAGUGAAUUUACCUUCUUUCAAUCUUCAUUGCAAUAAAAUUAUUCCAACUCACUCACUUUGUCAAAUGAAGGCAAACUCUCCUGGAACUGUAUUCCUGAGAACCAUAUUCAAGAUCAGAAAGAGGGAGAGAAUCUUGCAGUGGCUUGUUUACGUCCUUCAUUAAAAAUGAAACUAGGCAUUUCACAUCAGUUAUGGCAAAGAAAUAUACAAAAAAGUGUGCUGUAUAUGCAGAAUUGUUGUUUUGUGUGUUAAACCAAUUUUUUUAGACAUUGAGGUUGGUUGCCAUUGUUGUCAUCAGAUCUUAAGGUCCCUAUUAUGUCUUUCAUGGGAAGGAGGGCACGAGACAAAGUGACAGUUCCCAGUGUCCCCAACUAAUUGAGCAGCCUCUUCUCUAAGCAAAGAAGAGAUUCAACAAAAAAUAAACUCAACUGACAUAUGGCACUGACACCAUGAGGGGUUCAUUUUCUGUCAAAAAUGAUAUAGAAGGGUAAGGGAUUGGGAAUCGCGCUGUAGGCUACCCAUAUAAUACUUUGUUGAGUGCCCCCACCCCCCACCCCACCCCAGUGGUCUUCCUGGGGUGUUUUAAAUUCAAAAGCAGUAAUUUAGUACCAGGAAGAGAAGCCAGUGUAGUAUUUGAUUUAUAAACAACAUUUUCGGUAGUUUUGGUUCUUCUUGGCCAGAUAGUGACUCAGGGCUGCAAAUAACGGCCGGUCAACGGACAAUGUCCGGCCUGAUCGCGGAGUUGACCGGUCAAACUCCGGUCUUGCCGGUCAUUUUGACCGGUCAUUUUUGGAUACAAACACUUUAUUUUCCAUACAGUUGUCGCUUAAUGCUCUAUAACGCUGCAAUGAUUUCUUUUUUCUUUGGCGUUUUUUGCUGCUUUGCACUAAACCCUUCUAAGAAAAAGAACGCCGCAAUAAAUUAAUUUCAUGUCGUCAUGUCGUAAUCUAACGCAACAAAGUGAAUAACAAACUGAGUUGGAAAGUAACGCAACGUUGCAAGUCGUACUGUACUUUCGGCUGUGCUGUAAUCAGCAAUGUGACCUUCUUUGGGAAUUCGAAGGAAUUCAGGCAAAUCGAUCGCAAUUCUCAACAGGUCGUCCUGUGUUUCUCCGGGAAUAAAUGUUCGCGCAUCGAUUAAUAAUAAUUUAUUUUAUGUCGAACAUGAAUCUCGUUUGCAGACUCGAUUCCAGAAUGGUCUGAUAAAAAUUUAAGCUACUCAAGAGGGAAGGUCGUCGUCUAUCGCGACGCUAGAUCCUCGUUCUUGUAAACAACUUUAUGCAAAUUUCUGUUGACAUUUGAGCCCUUCGCGAUAAAAUGUUGCGCGAUGACCCAAAUUUAUUUAUUGACUUCUGAUCAUCAACACGCUGUUUGUGGAACAAACUUCUCGCCAAUGCAAAUCAACUUUUUUGCCGAAAAUAUCAGCGACGAUUCUUCUUUGAGGAAGUGACUUUCGAUCACGUGCCAGGCAAGGAAAAAGAUCAAGUUUCACCGAUGUUCAUUUCGGAACAUCAACGUAAAACAAGCGUGUGCAGAUUUUGUAAAAUAACACAAUUUUUUUGUUUUUUUUUUCGUAAUUUCUAAAGUUUUCUGAAUUGUAUGUGUAUUCCGUUUCCUGAACCUUGGGAGUUUGAAAAGGAUUUACGCUUCACUUUUUACCUCUAGAGACUUCAGACACCGCCGUGCAAUGAUCCUCUAGGUAGAACGUAUUAAACAAUAAAACGCGUGAAAACCGCGGAAAGGAACUCUACAACGUGCGAAUGCAUUUUUCACCAAUUUGCUGUCAAAAAUGUGAACGUCAAUGUAGUAAUAACGAUCUAUUGCCAACAUAAUUGGAUAUUCCUUAGGCAAAAAAAAAAAAUUAUUAGUAUUCAUUAUUUGACCGGCCAGAAUCGGGGUUUGUCCGGGCUACAAAACAUUUGGCCGGUCAUCAUGACCGGCAACCUGCUGUCCGUUAUUUGCAGCCCUGUGACUAGACAAUGGCAAGACUGCCUUUAAAUGGCAAAAUCUCCAGGGGAGAAUAGGUUAAUGGCGGCACUCCUGGGGCUUCUUAAUUGGCCCAAACAACUUAUAAUGUGAAUAAAAAUAUUAUAUGAAGUGCCUCAUAGUUUGAACUGCGGAUGAAUAUAUCACAGUGAAUAUGAUCCUUGCAUUUGAAUAAAUAACCUGAGCAGUUGAAAAAGAACCUGAAAAAUUCAAGCUUGAAAAUCCUGGUCAAGGCUAAAUUUUCUUAGGGUCAUUUUCAGCUGCUUAGGUUGUUUAUUAAAAUGCGAGGAUCAUACUAACUUUCACAACUUAUCAUGUAUUGUCAUAAAUGGGAUCUAUUUUACAGGUAGCAAGACUCAGAAGCAAACAUGAACAACAGUUCAAAGUUGACCAGGAGGAUGCUUAUCAGUCAGGCAACAACUCAGAAAAUGCUCGCAAAAUUACCGAAUUAAGAGGGGAGGUAAGGGAAAGGAACUGUGUAAGGUUUAAACUUUUUAUUUAUUCAGUGAAAUCAAACGAACUGGCACUAAAAUUCCUUUUUUCCAAGAAUUUGAAAACUUGAAUUCUGUUGCAUGAGCUGUAGCUCAACUAUUGAGUGCAUAAUUGAAAUACUGAUGCCAUAAACUGCUGCUUAGAAGCUCUGGGUUUAUACGUCAUUGUAAGGGGUGUUAAGAGGGCUACCGGCUUAAUAAACAGAGGGUCGUAAGAAGCUAUAGCAGUGCUGUUUAAAAAUGUGUUAAAUUCACUGGUUUUUAAAUAAGCUUCAAAACAUCAUAAUAAAUCAGGGAUCCAUCUUCAUUUUUUAUCAGAGUCAUCAGACAAAAGUGCAGAAUUAUGGGAAGAAUGGUGAUAAAAUUGUGCGCAGCUUGAUCAUUUCUGAUUUGCACUUUAUUUCCGCAGAAGCAUAUAUGCCUCUGAUUUCUGUUAUAGUUGCUAAUAAAGGGCUUUAACUAAACUGUAAAGUAAAACAGGCUACAGGCUUGAGGCUAAGUGCUGUUUAUUUACGUUUUACAAGUAGCAACUCUUGCACAGUCUGUCAGUUUGGCAUGAAGGCAAGAGGGUACGCUUACGUUUUUCCCCAGGCAGCAGCUUGUGCUCAUUUUUUCAGCCAA